CACAUGUUUGUGGUAUAUUCACAGUGUUCCUAUCGCUCACUAUGAAUUCAACCAGUAAAUACUUUAGCCACAUACGCUUCCUGAUGAUGUUAGUUGGAAUAUGGAGGAUACAAGGCGAAAAAAUGUCAACAUUAAAAAUUUAUUUGUACCAGACUUAUUCAGUGGUAUUUCAGUUGAUUUGCGCUUCGGCUGUUAUUUCCUUGGUUGUUGAGAUACCCGCAUUGCUCGGGAGAGACACUGCUGCUGUGAUGGACAACGUAGGCCGGCUGAUGAUUUACGUUGUAAUAAUAUUUAAAAUGUCCAUGUGGCAGUCCAAGAGAAUGUUGCAUUUGCUGCAGAUAGCUCUGGACGAGGACAGAGAGAUAUUCAAUGAUACCGACGAAAAGAUCCGACAGAUAUACGAAUGGCACAUAAGCUACGACAACAAACUUAUUUGGAUAAUUGUUGCUUUGGCGAUCUUGAUUGCAGUAUGUAUAGCAAUACUAGGGGAUGUAGAAUGCUACAGAUUCUUCAAGGAAUACGGGCAAAAUAAUUUAACAGAUAAACCCUUGCCUCUCAAUUUGUGGUACCCAUUCGACAGGAACAAAUAUUACAUACUGGUGUUGAUCGAUCAAAAUAUUCGGCCAACGUUGGCUUGUUUGAGUAUCGGUGUGGCUGGGGCCUCGGUGAAUUCCGUAGUAAUUUUUCUGAAGCUGCAAUUAAGGUUGCUGCAAUAUAACUUCAAACAUGCGGAGGUUUGUAAAGGAAAAGAAAACAAGUGCACCGAAUACAAUUUGAAGGUGCUCUGCGCAAAGCACCAGCAACUAAUUAAAUACAUUCAGGGCGUUAACCAAUGUGUUAAAAAUGUAAUAUUAUUAGAAUAUGCGGUGUCGUCUCUUACAUUCGCUAUAAUUAUUCUGCAAAUCACCGCGGGCGAACCAUUAGUCUUUAACUUCACAAUGUUAACGUACACCGCUAUUCAGUUAAUCACAUUUGCCUGGAAUUGUAAUGAAAUCAUCGUUCAGAGUUUUCAACUUGCAAUGUCCCUUUACGAGAGCAAAUGGUACGAGCAAACUAAUUCUGUACAGCGAAUAAUAUACAUCAUGAUGAUCAGAUGUCAGCGACCUCUUUCUUUCAGGAUAGGGUUUCUGGGUGUCAUGAAUUUGGAGGCUGGAUUAUCGAGACUUAAGUUGGGAUAUACAUAUACCUCAGUGAUGACCUAAUGUCGCGAAAGAGGAAAACUCCAUAGUUUUACUGUAAUUGUAAUUUAGUGAAUUGAAAACCACUUUAGAUGCACCUUAUUCUAUCUGGACUGAUUCUGCUAUGUAUUUUUGCAAGGGCAUUGGCGGAUACCCGUUGCAGUUACACCACUAACUCUAAAAGAAAGUAGCACAUACUCGAUUGCAAUCAGUAAUGUGUUGCUCGUCGUAGAACGCAUCACCUCUGUCGACCGUUUUUGAAAAGUAAUAUCGGCCAACUUAAGUAAAUCCGAUAUAAAGCCAAUUUACAGUAACACCUUGUCGUAGUUUGUACUCCUAAAAACAUAAGAUCUGAACUGGAACUAAAUAAAAUUAACCAAUGCAAGCACUUUCCAAGGUUGCAAGACUUUUAACUUCGGCGAUAAGUAAAAAACGCUUUAUACAGGGUGUAUGCACAAGAAAAUUACAUCGAUUUUGUGGAAGUUGCAGGAGCACGAUAGAAAAACCACAAGAAACCGCGAAGCUCUUUCUUUUUAAAAUAAAAGCCUGCUUCGCGCUAGGCGCUACGAACUUGCCCCACCCACCCACGAUUUUUCGAAAGCAUCCUGUUACUUACGCUGCAAUGCGACGAGCUAUAUGAUAUGCUAACCUAUUUUAGGAGCAAGAAUAUCAGCUACACGCCGAAAUUUGUGAGCACGGCUGGUCCGAACAUCGAUGGUAUUGGAUGCACGGGAAAUAAUUACUGUAACAGCAAAAAUAAUAUAAUAAUAAUAAAAUAGGUCUCACUUUUAUAAACAGGGCACAUUGUCGGAAACUCUAGGAUUCAAAUAAAACACAAAAAAAAAUCACAAAUUCCUAUAAUUCCUUUACCUAUAGCUGAGAAUUUGUUUUUCUUUGACGAAUUUUAAAGUGUUCGAUAUAUAGUUUAAUAAAACUGUAAUAUGAUGAUCACUAAUGGGGACAAGCAUCCCUCAAAAUUAUCUAACUUGUUUAUUUCAUUAGGGGUGGACGAAGUUGUGCACACAAACAAUAUAAUAAGAACCAGAAAUAGUAUAUUAUGCUACAAGUUUGAUAAAGGACGCGAGUUUGAUUUGGAACGAGAGGAGCGAGUGCUUGACGAAUAUUUGAAGAAGUUUAUAAAUGUGUUGAAUAACAUAUUUUUCCUACGAUUAUUACUUUUCGGCUAUAUUUUUGCGGAAAAGCAUAACCACAUCAAAACUGACAAUGGUCGAAAUUUUAUCGACAUUUAAAAUCUAUGGAAAACAUUCAAUCGCUUCCAAACAUCAACCACCGGGAGCACCUGAAGUCGUUCACGGUAGUAUUUAACGAAUCUAACGUCUUAAAGUCACACCGUGAGCAUGCCUUUUUAGUCCAGAGUAGGGAGUAGAAAAUGGUUAUUAACCGUAGAAAAGAUCGUAUUAAAAAUCGGUAGCGAAUUUUUUCAGCAUAAAUGUACACCUUUUUCGAUACAUGUUGCCCAAAUUUAAAAAAAUAUCCUUUGACGUAGAGACGAUAAUUAUCUCUUUGACAACGGGUAGAGCGCUACUUGCUUCGUGUCUUUUCUACUUUUUUCGUUUUUAAAUAUUGGAAAUAUUUAUUUUCAGAUGUUAAUAAACGCCAUUUUGUCAAGUGAACUGACAGAUGGUCGUCUUCAAUAGUGUAUUGUGCAACAAGUGUGGUAAACGGCAUUUCAGUCACGAGUGUAUAUGGCACGAGCGGGGCGAGUAUUUAAUAAACGAGCGGCUUAAAAACUGUACCGGACGUGUUGAAUACUAUACUUUUCCUACGACCGUUAGUUUUUGGGUACAUUUUUACAAAACAACGUGGGAAAUAUCUCCGAAAACAUCCGAUUGCUCCAAAACCUGUGCGGUAAAAUCCCGGAAAUGUCCGAAGCGGUAAAGUGACGAUUCCCGCACUCUAG